AAGCAAAAGCGGCUGCUCGUUCUAUUUGUGAUUGCUUCGUUCGACGACCGCGCCCAAUCCGACAAUUCUUCUCUCCCUCAACCCACGACAAACACCAUUUAGAGAGGCAAAAUGAGGUUCAUUCACUCUGAGGAGACGCUGCCAAUCCCCGAGAAUGUUUCCGUCAACAUUCGCUCGCGGGUUGUCACCGUUGAGGGACCCAGGGGCAAACUCACAAAGGACCUUUCCCACAUCGCCGUGAGCUUCGGUCGCCCCAACAAGAGCACCAUCUCCAUCGAGUUGCACCACGGUGCUCGCAAGGGUGUUGCCACUCUCCGAACUGUCCGUACCAUCAUCAACAACUUGAUCAUCGGUGUCACCCGUGGUUUCUUGUACAAGAUGCGUUACGUCUAUGCUCACUUUCCCAUCAACGUGAACAUUGAGAAGAAUGCCGAGACUGGUAACUUUGAGGUUGAGAUCCGAAACUUCCUUGGCGAGAAGAUUGUUCGCCGUAUCACUGCUCAGCCUGGUGUUGAGGUCAUUACUUCCCCUAACGUCAAGGAUGAGCUCCAAUUGUCCGGAAACUCCCUCGAGGCCGUCUCCCAGAGUGCCGCCGAUAUUCAGCAGAUUUGCAGAGUCCGCAACAAGGAUAUCCGAAAGGUGAGACAACCACUUCGUUUCCUAGAUAGCCAUUUUCGCCUAUACUAACAUCAUAUCACAGUUCCUUGACGGUCUUUACGUGUCGGAGCGAACCAACAUCAUUGUCGAGUAAGCGCGAAAGAAAAAAAGCAUUGACGAUAAUGAUGUAAUUUUUUUUUCUUGUUUGUACGGUGAAGUGGGAGGUAGAGGAAUGAACCGGGUUCCUUUUCUGGGAAAAAUAGGAGAUUAUACCUGAAGGCAAAGAAAAUACUAUUUUCAUAUUCUUUUUUUUCUUCCUUCUUGCUCCUUUUGGUUUCGCAUAAAAUGUCUUUUCUUUUUAGAAAGGAAGACCAGCAUUCGAUUUGGGGAGUCUCUCGCGGAAUUUCAAAAAUCAAACACUUUCAAUUUCACAUAUUGAACCGAGAAAAUGUCUUCAUUCUCUAUUUCGCUCUUGAAUAGGUACCACGUACUCUUGUAUACUCAGUUAACAGAUGAUACGACUUCUACAACUAC